GAACUUGUCACGACUCCACACCGCGCGCCGCCGAGGCGUGUCACAAUCCGUGUCGCUGUCGAUGCUCAUUGCUCUUGCUCUAGCUCAGCUGCAGCAAGUCAGUUUACUGUACCCCGCCCUCCGCGAGCAAUCCGCUGAAGCUCUGCAGGCCGUCUGUAGUCGCCCAGUAGUUGCAGAUGUUGGGCAACGCGGUGUCCCCUAUUGCGUGGAUCGCAAUUCUUUUUUCGCAAGGGCUUGCUCGACACGUUGUCCCGAGCGAUCUCCACGGUGCCUUCUCCCGCGCCCGCGACGUGGCCAAGCCAUCCUGGCAGCAGAUUGGAUCCGUCCGCGCCCGCGACAUCCUAUCCGCAACAUGGCAGCAAAUUGGAUCCGACUUGGACGGAGAUGUUGCGGUCGGCCCUGCCGCAGUUUCCAUGAGCGCCGACGGCAGUCGCGUCGCCAUCGGUGCACCUGAAGCAGCCGAAGGCGUUGGCCACGUCCGCGUCUAUGACUGGGCAGGGGGGGCGUGGGUGCAAGUGGGACCCGACCUCAAUGGGAACGCUAUUGGUGAAAAGUUUGGUAAUCAAGUGUCCCUCAGUGCCGACGGCAGUCGCCUCGCCAUUAUGUCGGGCUACACCACCCACAACGGCCAAGCCCGCGUCUAUGAAUUGGCGGGGGGGGGGGGCGUGGCAGCAGGUUGGAUCGGAUAUCCACUUUUUAGCUGAUGGCGUCGAUGGCUAUAAGUCGAUCUCUCUUAGCGCCGACGGCGGUCGCGUUGCCAUUGGUGACACUUCGAAAGGCAACAGAGCAGGUCAUAUACGCGUGUUUGAGUGGGCGUCAGGCACGUGGCAGCAGAUGGGAGCUGACAUCGACGGGGAAGCUGAAGGAGAAUUCUCUGGUUUCUCGGUGACCCUCAGCAGUGACGGCAGCCGCGUUGCAGCUGGGGCACCUUUUAGCGACGAUGUAGGCUUCAACUUUGGCUGCGUCCGUGUCUACGACUGGGUUGGGGGUGCGUGGCAGAAGGUGGGGUCCGACAUCCCCGGAGCAACUGAUAACGAGAGGGCGGGCUGGUCAGUGUCCCUCAGCGCAAACGGCAGUCGCGUCGCCGUCUCUGGACAUUACUACGACGGUUUCCGCGGCCGCGUCCGCGUCUUUGAUUGGGAAGGAGAUGCGUGGGUACAGGCGGGAUCUGAUGUCGCCGGGGACGUUUCUCAAAAUCAAUUUGGCUCUGCUGUUUCCUUGAGCGCAGAUGGCACCCGCCUCGCCGUCAGUGCCAAGCCGCAAGCACAACCAAGUACGUACGUCCGCAUCUACGACUCGGCAGGUAAUGCGUGGCAGCAGGCGGAAAGCUUCUCCAACGUCGCUGGGAGUAUGUCCCUCAACUCCGAGGGCACUCGCGUCGCCAUUGCCAUGCCUGGGUGGGUUGAGGACGCCAGGUUCGUCCGCAUCUACGGCUUGGCAGAUGGGUCGGCUGAUCCGACUCCGUCUCCGACCCCGUCUUCAGUCCAGGGUACCGGCGACCCACACUUGGUCAACAUUUACGGGGAGCAUUUCGACAUCUACCAGCCUGGCGCAUAUGUGCCCCUCCAGGUACCACGGGGCGCGUCGCUUGACGCCACGAGGCUGCUCGUCAAGGCGAGCGUAGAGCAGUUUGGGGCCGCUUGCGGGGAGAUCGGGGCUGGCGGACUUCCGCGCCGUCAACGUGACAGGCAACUGGGUCGAGAGCAACGCGACCGUGAACGACGCCGUCGCCGAGCGCAGCGCCUACAGCAGGAGCGGUGGCGGCCUCCAAUUCUCCGCAGCCGCAGCAUCGGCGGGCCAGCAGCGGAGCGCAACCCAAUGGAUGUACUUCGGCGGCGUGGGCCUCAAGGUCGUCUGGGGGCACACGCGGCAGGGCAUCGAGUACCUGAACAUCCACGUCAAGCACCUGGGGCAGGCUGGCCUUCCCGUCGGGGGGCUCCUGGGAGCGGACGACCACGAACAGGCAUCCACCAAGAGCCACCGGUGCAUCCGCAGCAUCGCCUUGACGAAAGAUUCUGUCGCUGGCCCGAGCGACGGCCGCGCGACGGCUUCGAGGGAUGCACUCACGGAUGCGACGUGGUGAGUGCCACGUGGUGAGUCCCAGUUGGGGGCCAUGAUUGCCCAGCCUCUCUCUGCCUCAGGCGCCUGUCCCCCCCUUGCGCCUGUCUCGUCGGCGUCGCUUGCGAUGUUGUGCCCCUCUAGUUCUCGUGCCUCCGAUGUGCUGCCAGGUCGUCCGAAUGGUCGUCAAGCUUGGCGUGUUGCCGCUUGUUUGAAUCGAUGGCAAGCGUGUGCGCGCCUUUUUUCCGUGACACCGCGAUCAGCAGUUUGCCAACCAAUAGUGAUUGGAGGAGUCGAGGUCGGUCGGUGGAGUAGGCAGGGGACGGCCAGCCAGCGGGUGCGCUGUGUUGCGUGCCAGAUUUUGUUGCCAGCGCUUCACGCGCGAGUUAGGCGUAGCGUGCUGCCGCUUGUUUGAAUCGAUGUCAAGCGUGUGCGCGCCUCGACUCCGUGGAACCGCGUUCGGCCGUCUCCGUUGCAGACGGUGGACGGAGCAGGUCAGGGUGAGCAGGAGGGAUGCUUCGGAAAGAAAUCAUACAUGUAAGAAUUCAGACACCGAAAUUCAAGACUGAAUGGUCCUCUGGUACUUCUUCAGGUGAGCUUCAUAAGCUUGCGAUAUCAACAAAAAACUGUGCGUAAUGUUCCGUGGCGCCGAUGGUGCGAAAUUUUGUGUAUUCCUGGUUUGUGUUUUGGGAACUCAAUGUCCCCGUUGCCGAACAGUCCCCUUCGCCCCAGGGCCCCCAGGUUUUCUUGGGAGUCCUGGGCUGUAAGUGGGCGCGCGUGCAGCAAAGGUUUUGUCCAUAGCCUUGCGUUACAGCCUCCUUCGAGUGCCCCCCAUCCGCAUCCUCCUCAUCCUUCCUUCCUCUACGCAUGUCUCCCCUCUUCCAUUUUCCACUUGCCAUGCGUUUUGCAUUGUCUUGCGGCGGAUCCCCAGCCCAUCCUAGAGUUGUCCGCUCGCUGCGAGUUCUCUCCGAUGUCGCUGAUGCGGUGACGUGGCCGCGCCUGCAGAGCGCAUGUCGUUCCUUUUCCCUCCUCUCUGUCGAGGACUGUGUCCUCGACCUCUGCCUUCCCCACUUGCCUGUUGCUUCUUUUGAUCCGUGAGCCACUCGAAUCCGGAUGCUCGCGCGGAGCUCCGCCUGUGCCUUUGCGUGCAGACAUGACUGCGCCUGACUCCCUCUUCGUGGCGUUCCUCUGCCCUGCGCUUCCGGGCUGUGUCCAGAUUGUUGGGUGGGUUUUCGAGGGCCGGUGACGUCGCGAUUCUCGCCGGCGGCGUCUGGGAAUGCCUAGGAAUUCACCGCCCGCCAAACGACCCCAACCCAACCCGAAGGCUU